GGAAAAGAACAGAAAACGUGUGAGAGCUCGGCCUCUUAGUCACAACGAAUUAAUCAACCGGGCUGGUGGAUUAACGGACGGGCAAAGACAGGCAAACCCAGACACAGUAGUUAAACUCGUUUAUAGGUAGACGUUAUAUCCCCUCACACAGACACAAUGAUGCUCUCAAGGCGCAUGCUCUCGAAAGAGGACGAGGAAGCCAGCCACGGCGAAGAGACCGAAGUCCGGCGCGAAGACCAAGAGAAAAUAAAUCGUUUUAGCAGACUACACCAACGAGAGACGGCAUUACAGGAGCAACUCAAAACAAAACAGAAAGACAAGGAAGACCUUGAAGAAAUAUCCGCCGAACUCGAUCUCGCCGACGAAGACGAACCGGUCCCCUACAAAAUCGGUGACUCUUUCAUCUCCCUGCCCCUCCCAGAAGCUCAGGCUUUACUCACAGCCUCCUCCGAACAGAUCGACGAGGAAGUUUCAAAGAUAGAAGGACAGCUGGGUGAAUUACGAGAUGAGUUGCAGCAGUUGAAAGUCGCUCUGUACGCGCGGUUUGGCAGGAGUAUUAACUUGGAGACUUAAUAAAAAGAUAAAACGUUGGCUGGAGUUGGACGUUGAGGCCUGUGAGACAAAUAUAGGCUUACAGUAUGCGGCCACGAAGGCCCGGCGUUUGCAUGCGUGGAAGGGAAUUGGCCACAUGGUAGAAAGGCAUCAGACGCAUUACGAAGUCAAGAUUUCUAACAAUACACAAUGUAAGGAGCGUUGCAUAAGACUGUGUAUAACUCCCAAGUUCAAAAGGAGCGAGCCUUUGGCCAACCUAUUAGGUGUGACAUGUAUUACUUGUUUGUUCUGUGAAAUCCGUAUAUCAAAUUCAACGUCAUAUCCAGUCCUUGU